AUGGCCUACCUUGUUUUCCCACUUCGGAAGGAUCUAGCCGAAGUUGAAAGUCCUCAUCUCAUCCACCGUGACGCAACAGCUACCCCGUCCAGCGGAAACAAGGCAUAUUCAAUCCCGACUGAGCUGGCCCGCGCAGCUCGAAUUGUCGCCGAGUCAACUCCAAACAAGCCGACUGGAAAUCACAGUCUCGUGGCUUCCCAGAUUCGCAAUAAGUACGGAAAGGGUCGCAGGGAUACCAAUGCCCCAAGCCAGGCCUUGGUACAUUCGAAUGGUCUGAGUGACUUUUUAUCGACCGGUACUACCGAUGACAUCGUGUUUGGCAAUGAUACAACCCAUGGAGCAAUCCAAAAGCGAGCUAGUACUUCGAAGUACUGGAUGGCUACGAUGGAACAAAAUGGAAAAAGUGCAUUUGCUCCAGCUGGUUAUAAAGUAUGGAGAGAUGUUCGCGAGUAUGGAGCCGUCGGAGAUGGUGUCACAGACGAUACAGAGGCCAUCAACAAGGCUAUCUCGGACGGUGGACGCUGCGGCCUCGGCUGUGGAUCAAGUACUAUCUACCCUGCGACAGUCUGGUUUCCUGCCGGAACAUACCUGGUUAGCUCGCCAAUCAUUCAGUACUAUAAUACUGAGUUUUUGGGUGAUCCCCUCGAAGUUCCUACCAUCCUGGCUGCAUCCAGUUUCGUUGGCCUGGGCGUCAUUACCUCCGAUGUCUAUGUCAGUGACAAUGAAGAGUGGUAUAUUAAUCAAAACAACUUCUUGCGCAGCGUUAGAAACUUCAAAAUCGACAUCAGACCAACUGACCCCUCGGCAUACAUCUGUGCUAUCCACUGGCAAGUUGCGCAAGGGACGUCGCUGGAAAACAUAGAAUUUUACAUGGUAUACAAUUCAGAUGUUCCGUCGAACACGCAACAAGGAAUCUACAUGGAGAAUGGAUCUGGAGGCUUUCUAGCUGACCUUACGUUUGUGGGAGGCAACUUUGGUGCUUACUUUGGUAACCAACAGUUCACUUCAAGUCAGCUCACCUUCGUGAACUGCAACACCGCUCUUCAGGUUCAUUGGGAUUGGGCGUGGACCAUGCAGGACUACGUUAUUGAAUCUUGCACGAAUGGACUCACAAUUGUGGGUGGAGCCGGAGGACCUUCGAGUACGGGCCAAGGUGUUGGAUCUCUCAUCUUGACUGAUGCCAUCAUCGCCAAUACCCCGAAUGGAAUCAUAACCUCACUUCAUGCGGAAAAUUCGACUUCUCUGUUGUUGCAAAAUGUCGGAUUCUUCAACGUCAAGACCGCAAUCAUUGAUUCCGUUCAGAAUAAAAUUCUUCUUGCUGGUGGUGAUGAGGUCCGCAAAGCUUCAUGGGGUUUCGGAAUGGUCAGCGAUGCAUCUGGAGUUGGAUCCUUUGCUGAUGGUGAGGAUAUCCCUGCUAUUUUGCGACCGACUCAGCUACUAGGGACACAAGCCUAUGUUGACUCUAACCUCUUCACUCGUCGUCGACCUCAAUACGAGACUCUCGCAGCCGACCAAAUCGUCAAUGUUAAGAACCUUGGAGCCAAGGGCGACGGGACUACGGAUGACACUGCGAUUCUCAAUUACGCUUUGUCUUAUGCUGCGAAUCUUUCGUCUAUUGUAUACAUUCCACACGGUGUUUACAUGAUUCAUGAUACAUUGCAUGUACCUGUUGGAUCACGCAUUAUGGGUCAGGCAUGGUCUCAGAUCAUGGCAACUGGUACUAAUUUUGCAGAUGCGGAGGAUCCCCGAGUUGCCGUUAGGGUCGGUGCUUCCGGUGACGUUGGCAUAGUGGAAAUUCAAGAUCUACUUUUCACAGUCUCUGGCCCUACGGCGGGUGCGAUUCUUGUAGAGUGGAAUGUUGAGCAAUCAGUGAAGGGAUCGGCUGCUAUGUGGGAUUCUCACAUCCGCAUUGGCGGUGCUGUAGGGUCGAACCUCCAGAACAAACAGUGUCCAAAGAACACGGGAAGUGUCAAUGAAGAUUGUAUUGCUGCAUCUCUUUUGCUUCAUCUGACUUCAUCUUCCACGGCCUACCUGGAGAACAUCUGGGUCUGGGUGGCUGACCAUGACCUUGACGUCUCUUCCCAAGAUCAGAUUGAUGUUUACGCAGCCCGUGGUAUUCUGAUCGAGAGUCAACUGGCAUGGCUUUAUGGUACUGCAUCGGAACACAGUACUCUCUACCAGUACCAGCUUUCGGGGGCGCAGAAUAUUCUCAUGGGAAUGAUUCAGACAGAAUCGCCUUAUUACCAACCCUCGCCGGAAGCCCCAGUCCCCUUCACACCAGGCAUGUUUGUCAAUGACCCGAAUUUUGAUGAUUGCAAGAGUGAUUCAACCAAGUGUGCGGUAUCUUGGGGUGUUCGCAUCGUCGAGUCCUCCUCUAUUUGGGUGCUUGGCACUGGUAUCUACAGCUGGUUUUCGGAUUACUCCCAAGACUGCCUCGAAACGAAUGACUGUCAGCAACGGGCUUUCGGGGUUGAACAAAGUACCGAUGUUUGGGUGUAUAAUCUUUGCACUAGGGCUAUUGUGGAGAUGAUCACACCUUACAAGGGAACACCCACUUAUGCCAAGGACAACAUGAAUGGUCUUCUCUCGUCUAUUCUUGCUUGGCUUGGUGGUGCAAAUCAAACCGCGGGCCUGAGAGAAUUCGACGGGUUUAGUAUCUACAGCACCUCCACACUGGAACCUCUUGAUCUUCCAAUCGGUUGCCAGUCGGCGAUGACGGAACGAAUCAAAUGCGACCCAGUCUUGAACUCAAUGAUGUCCGCCAAAUAUCACGGUUCUCUGAAUAACGAUACCCUGACUGAGUCGAUUUGUGAUGCGACUUGUGGUCAGAACCUCCGGGCAUGGUAUCAAUCGGUGCAACUUAACUGUGCCGGAUACAACAUCAGUGGAACGCCUGCGGAGAUGUUCGGUGGUCGCAUUUGGGCUGCUUAUAACGAAACAUGCAGCAAGGAUAAGAGCUCAGGGAAGUAUUGCAAUGAUGUCAUUGAUGAUUUCACCUUGGUCCCUAAUACUGCAGCAAUGCCUGAUAACGAGCUAUGCUCUUACUGCUAUACCGAACGCCUUCAAAUGAUGCAACGUACCCCUUACUCUGCGUACGACGACUACUAUCAGACGGUCCUGCAAGCAAUCAAUAAGCGUUGCGGAUUGAAUGCCCCGACCACAGUCCUGGAAAUCCCUCGCAAUACCCCAGAAAAGGAAACUGAAUUCUGCGGAUCGGAUAAUUUCUACACCACCGUGGACGGCGACACUUGCACAUCGAUCGCCGAAGACACGAGCAUUUCUUCAGCGGCAUUGUACAUGGGAAAUCAAAAUCAGAUCCUUGACUGCAGUUCCCUCUCUUCGGGACUCAAAUUCUGCCUUCCCAUAACCUGUGAGAAGACAUAUUCCAUCCAACCCAGCGACAAUUGUUCAGAUAUCGAGUACGCGUACUCCCUGAAAGAUCGUGAUGUACGCAAAUACAACCCAUGGGUCUCAUACGACUGCGACAAUCUACAGCCAGCAAGCAAGAUCUACGGUACAGCCAUUUGUCUCUCUCCACAGGGCGGCAUGCACAAUGGAAGCAGCACUGGUGGUGGCGUUGCUCCCUCUGAAUCGAAUGGAUAUGUGUAUAGCAAGGUCGAGCCACCUGCAAAUGCGACACUGGCGACAGGAACAACAAGGAAUUGUGGCAAAUGGUACGAGGCCAAGAGUGGAGAUAGUUGUGUGGGUAUAUGUGGUCAGUAUAGUAUCACACAUGCGGUCUUCACGAUGGUAAACCCUUCUUUGGACCCGGGAAAAUGCUCAGAUAGCUUGAAGGCUGGAAGUGUUUACUGUGUUGCGCCAACCUACAGCUGGAAUGACACUGAGAGUACAUGA